AGUGCUGUGCGCACGGAGCCCCGUCCCCGCUAUUGUCGUUUCUGCUCUGCUGUUUCUGUCAUCCCCUUCCCUCCAUCACUUCCUCCUACAUUAUAAUAGUUUCACUGUGACUGCCUGCGGUCGGCUAACAAGGAAGCGUGGGGAGCGUGGCUCUUCACUUUCGUAUGAUAGAGAGGACAUAUGGCGGACUGUCAUUAUUCAGAAAACAACAGUCAAAGCAUAUUAAUCCAAAACAAGCAACCGGGACGAGGAAAGAUUCGAUAACUGCAAAAUGGCAACAACUACUUACGCAAAGUUUUAAUGUCAAGCGUAUUUACUUUGUUUUUAGCCCACCGUAAGGACAGCUUUCCAACCCGUUGUUUUGCAUCGCUGUCAGUUACUUUUAUUCAUUGACAUUUUCAACCUGUCAUUGGGGUCGUAACGACGUAUAAUUUCCACUUUUGGUAUUUUUCUUUUAAACACUAUCCUGGACUGGGUGGUCGUGUACUUGUGUCCCUUUGCGUUUUAAAUGUGACACACUCACUGACCGCCACCGUGCUGCACGAGCCCUUUAAUAAUUCAGGGUAAAUCUGUCGACGUGUGUUGGCACCAGCGACCGACAUGGGGGCUAAGCAGAGCAGCCCAGCCGCUAACGGACGGACCAGGGCUUACUCUGGCUCGGAUCUCCCUUCAAGCACCUCUACUACCAGCAAUGGGAACGGUAGGACUGCAGCCAUGGCAAUGAGCUAUCACGCGUACGGCCAGUCGGCUCACGGGGCCUCGGGAACCACAGCGACCUCCAGUCAACACAUUGGCCCCAGGACGAGGUCCGUGGGAGGCAGUUCUGGAGGGUCAGGGCUAAGACCCCAGUCAGGCAUCAACAUCCCCAACAACAGUGGAGCCUACAGCUCACAGGAGUCUGGCAGCAGCACCCCGGAGGAGGCAGAGAGGGACAGGUCCAGCGGGGGGCAAGGGGGUCCCCGGUUGUUGAUUGGAUCAUUACCAGCACACCUUUCRCCUCACCUUUUUGGAGGUAAGAGACUGGCUGACAAUACGUGUGGACCAAAUGUGUCCUAA